AUGUCCGCAGCUAGUACCAACGAAUCGGUCAACAUCGUUGUGCUGGGAGCCCCUGGGGUUGGGAAGAGUGCCAUCAUCACUCAGUUCCUACACCACAAGUUUCUUAAACAAAGUGGGUUCACCAUCGAGCUGGAACAACAGGCGGUUGUUGUAGGUGAAGCAAAACGACGAGUCGCCCUGGACAUUGUGGACACCCCAGGGGGGUACUGCUUCCAGGAAAGAAGGCGGAUGGCAAUCAGAGAAGGAGAUGCAUUUAUCCUGGUAUUUUCUUUGGAAGAUGAAUCCUCCUUUGAAACAGUGGCUAUGAUAAGGGAUGAUAUUUUACGUAUCAAAAAGAAGAAGGAAGUGCCCAUCCUCUUGGUGGGGAACAAGACCGACAUUGAUGAUGAUAAGAAAAUAACUACAUGCAAAGGAGCUAAACUUUUUGCGAAGAAAGAGUGGAAAACCAAGUACGUUGAAGCCUCCGCCAUGGACCAUGACAGUGUCAAAGCGGUGUUUGACAAAAUCUUGAAUCUUUCAAAGGUCAGGUGCCACUCAGUUCUUUGGGGAAAGUUGAAAGACCAUUUGAUGCAUUGUAGGAUAUGA